AUGUCUAUCAUUAAAUCUAAAUUAACAACAAAAGAAAUCAAAAACAAACUCAAAUAUGAACGUGCUCAUAAAAGAAAAGAUCAAAAACAGAUCGAUGAAUGGAAUCACAGAGGAACUAUCGAGGAUUUUCUCAGUAAACACAUUAAUGUUAAAGUUGAUUUGUUAGAUAAAAUUUUUAUCGAUGAUCCAAAUCUUUACAGAAACUUUUUACAAAUUAUCAAUGAAAUUUUAUAUUUAAUUACCUGGUAUCGGUAUUUUGAGAAACGACAAAACCUGAUAAACAAAUAUACUAAAAUCAAAGAAGAAAUCUUAAACGCACAAGAUCCCAACGCAUAUGUAAUUUCUUUAUCAAAAAAAUAUGCGAAAUACCAAUUCAAACCUGAAUUGUAUCGAGACAAAAAAUAUUUCCUAAUCGCCAAAGCAAAAUUCGAAUUCUAUUGUUUAAUAGUUAAUAACGGGAAGAACCAGAUAUUUGAAGAAUCAAACUUUAAAAUAGUAAAAAACAAACAAUACAAUCAAGUUGAUCCAAAAAAAAAUUGGAUAAUUAGAAAAUAUAACAAGGUUAUGGAAUCUAAUUCCAAUUGUUUCCUUUUAGGAACAAAAACAUAUUAUGAACAUAAAAAUGAUAUUAUUAGUAUUGACGAUAAUAACAU